CCGAGCGCAGCGCGGCUCCCGGCCAGGUGGAGCGGCGGGCCCGGGCGCUGUCCGCGGUGCUGGGGCCUGCAGGUGCGCCCCGCGCUGCCCGCCGUCGCGCGGCCCGGCCGACCUGCCCUCGGCUCCCGUCUGCCUGGAGAAGCGUGCGGUCUGGAUUUUGCUUUUUGAAAGGACGAUCUCGAUUCAGAUUCCGUCAGCCUCGCAUCUCUUCUGUGUCAGAGGGGCCCUCGGGCCGUUCUUCUACCCUUUGGCUCUCCCCAACUUGGCGCGCCCUCCUCCCAUUCCUCCUUGACACUCCCACCGCCCGCCCCCCCUCGGCUCGGCGGCUCGGCGCGGUGCUGCGGGAGACGCGUUGAGCCCUUUUGGAUGUAAUGCGCAGAGGAGGUUGGCCCAGAGCUCCCGGGCUCCCCCAAGGCUGAACUCCGUCCAAGGUGCCCACAGGCUCCCUGCCCGCCUUCCCCAUGCCAGCCCGCAGCUAGGGGCAGGGGCAGAGGCGGCUGGGGUUGGGGGUGGGUGGGGAGCUUUUGGGGCGGCCAGGUCGCGGCUUGGCUAUGGAAGGCUCCAAUGGCUUUGGGAUUGACUCCAUUCUCUCCCACCGAGCGGGCAGCCCCGCCCUUCCCAAGGGGGACCCCUUGCUUGGGGACUGCCGGUCACCCCUGGAGCUAAGUCCACGCUCAGAGAGCAGCAGCGACUGCUCUUCGCCAGCCUCACCCGGAAGAGACUGUCUGGAGACCAGUACCUCGCGGCCUGGUGCGGCAUCUGGCCCAGGUUUGGACUCCCACCUGCAGCCGGGGCAGCUUUCAGCCCCAGCCCAGUCGCGAACCGUCACCUCCUCCUUUCUGAUCAGGGACAUCCUUGCUGACUGCAGACCUCUCGCGGCCUGUGCACCCUACUCUAGCAGUGGGCAGCCUGCAGCUCCAGAGCCUGGGGGCCGUCUUGCGGCCAAGGCCGGGGAGGACUUUCGCGACAAGCUGGACAAAAGUGUCAGCAGCGCUUCAUCGGACUCUGAGUACAAAGUGAAGGAGGAGGGCGACCGCGAGAUCUCUAGCUCCAGGGACAGCCCCCCGGUGCGCCUGAAAAAGCCGCGCAAAGCCCGCACCGCCUUCACCGACCAUCAGCUGGCGCAGCUGGAGCGCAGCUUCGAGCGGCAGAAAUACCUGAGCGUGCAAGACCGCAUGGAGCUGGCCGCCUCGCUCAACCUCACCGACACGCAGGUCAAGACCUGGUACCAGAACCGCAGGACCAAAUGGAAGCGACAGACCGCCGUGGGGCUGGAGCUGCUAGCGGAGGCAGGCAAUUACUCUGCGCUCCAGAGAAUGUUCCCGUCGCCUUAUUUCUACCCGCAGAGCCUCGUUUCCAACCUGGACCCGGGCGCAGCUCUCUAUCUGUACCGCGGCCCCAGCGCGCCGCCACCCGCCCUCCAGAGACCUCUGGUGCCCCGCAUCCUUAUCCACGGACUCCAGGGCGCCAGCGAGCCGCCCCCGCCGCUGCCCCCGCUGCCCGGCGUCCUCCCGCGCGCCGCGCAGCCUCGGUGAGGCGCCCGCUUGCCCCCAGCCCAGGCUGGGCGCGGAUCCCUCCCUUCGCCCCGGGGCGGGGAUGCCGGGCUCACCGCCGCUGCCCAGUGUCCCCGACGGGGGGAUAAAUCCACUGAGGCUACCCCUCCCUGCGUCCUCUCUCCUGGCUACUCCACCCGGGAGAACUUACACCCGCCGGAUGUACAUAAGCGCCCCUGCCCGCCUCCCACCCACCUCCGGGUCCCCUGUCCCCUCGGGAGCAGGUCGGGGACGCCGGUGCCCAGCCCCGGGCCCACCUUUCUUCCCGCACCUCGGCGGGACAGGGCUGGUGGGAGCUUCCCACCCAUUUCAUUUCCUUUCCUCUCCCUGAGCCCCGGGCUAGCGACGGACCUGUACAUACAGUGUGCAAAGUGUAUAUGAAGUUAUUUAUUCGUGACCCCUGAGCCCGUGACCGUGUCCGUGAAUCAAUUGAGAGUCUGUGGCCUGUGGCCUCCCCGUCCCAGGUGGGGCAGGGGGGACCGAGAGGGCUUGUCCACGCAUCCUGGCCCCCAUCCUCGCCCCCUCCACCCAGAUUCUGGGGCAGCCAGGCCUCUUGGGUUCUCUCUCUCUCUCUCUUUUUUUUUUUAAUGUGGAAAUAAACUUCUUACAAAUGCCAGGCGCCUGUCCGCGCUACCGUCCGUUGAUUCCCGCUCAGGCCCUUUCCCAUCCCUUCCUUCGUAAAAACUUCUCUCAAACUACAAUUCCUUUCAAUCGCAAGAAGUUGGUCUCCCUCUUGCCCUUCUCCUGGGUUCCUGGGUGCAGGAGACCCCGGCUGGACUCCCGGGGGUCUCCGAGUUUUCACACAGAGACGAGCCCGUGGCGGCUCUCGGCCUCCCCGUCUGAUUCGUCCCUCUUCCACACCAUCCUGGGGCCUUGGACGGGGCCAGCGCCGGCCUCCCUCUGCUGCGUGCCUGGCCGCGAAGCACUCGCUGAGCCGACUCAUCUGGCUCAGGCCAGGGCCGGCAGCUGGUGACCGGCCCUGCGGGCGCGGGGCAGACAGAUGGACUCCGAGGCGGCUCCUCGUUGCCCCAUUCUCCUCAGCCCGGCGCCCUCCGCUCUGGCUACUCGCAGCUCCUAGUCUCAAAUGCCUGGUAGGACCCCAUGGGCCUUCGCGAGCUUGACGCCAUGUCGGGCAACCCUUUGCUCGGUCUCCAUCCUUCCCCAUCCCCCUGCCCUGGGAGGAAGUGGGAGGGGGUGAGGGGUGAGAUCGCGCCACCCGCCUCUGGCUCAGAGAUCUCAGGGGAGUCAGACUCCAGAUCACGUUCGAAGGGCCAAGGUCAUCUCCCGACACCCGUCUGUCUCCCGGAAUAUGGGCGCAGGUGCGCCUCCUCCCCCACACCACCUGCAGCACACUGACCUGCAAGAGGGAAGAAAGGCCGGGGAGUUUGGAUGCUGGCAAGCCAAACACUCUCCCAGCGUUUCUGGCCCAACUGUUCUGGGAGAGAAGCGAGCGGUGGAGGGAGGGGCGCGUUCAGAAAGCACCCGCUUCCCCUCUAGCCACAGCCAGUUCGGCUACUGUUUCCUCCCCAACCCCCCAGCAUCCUCACACCCGGGCUUUUCUUUUUCUGGGAUGGUGGGGUAUUAUUCUAAUUUUGCAAAAUGCACAGCAGCUAAUUAAGUCAAGGAGCCCCUCGGCUUUCAAGUUCUUUUGCAUGUGAAUGCGAGUUGGUAAAUCCCUCGAUCUGGCUGUGGUGGGGUGUGAGGGGGGACUGUCCCCAACUCAGGGUUAAUGAAGUGGGAAAGGAGUCUCUCAUAGCCUCCUGCAAACAAAACCCCCCAAGCAACAAACCCUGCCCAAAUCCUACACGGAUUGACUUAAACCCAGGGGAUAAGUGCUUUAAAUUAAUCUCAUUGAAUAAGAAUGAGACCAAACAAAACUCUUUAAAAUCAUAUUAAAAAUCUAUCAAAGGACAACUUGCGGUGGUGUGCUUUUCAUUUUGUGAGCGUGGAGGAGGCAGGCUAGAGCAGCCACCCUCACAUUUACACAGUGCAGUGUAAACCGCAGACACAUUCUGACUAUGUAAUUGUCCUUGUACCGCAGAGGCGAUUUCAUAUCUUACAUU